UGUAAUCAGUAAGAUCUUAUAGUUAAUUCUGAAUGUUACCGGAAGCCAAUGAAGGGAUGUGAGAACAGGAGUAAUGUGGGACCGACGGCUGGUUCUGGUUUAAGUUUGGCGGCUGUAUUUUGUAUUAACUGUAAACGAUUUAACAAAGCUUGACUGAGUCACAUGUAGAGGAAGUUACAGUAAUCUAUACGGGAGAAAAUGAAGCUGUGAAUUAAUUGUUCAAGAUCACUGGAGAACAGGAAACUUUAGAUUUUUGCUAUAUUUCGUAGCUGUUGGCACUAAUGCUGUAUGUUGCUGUUAAACAGUCAAAUCUCAAAUUACUGAAAACAAAGUAUAAAACAUGAUUGGAAGAUGAGUUGUUUCAUUCGGGAAAGGUUGCAGGGUCUUAUUGCUCCUCCAGCUUUCGUAAAUGUUUCCACUUAAAAUUGAAAGUGCACAUAAGAACAACGAUUGACCGAAGAGUCAUUUCUCACAUGGUUUAACUUCAAUCACUGUUUGAUCCACUGUUUCACAUAUAAAGCAAGAAAAAAAAGAUUUCUUCCAACACUGCAGAUCAAGGUCGUAGCUUUCAGCCUAACAAUGGAUUAAAGUGAGCUUUUGAAUUGUAAAUGAGUUGAUUCCGAUGUUUGACUAAACAGGAAAAUCUUCCGAGGGGAUUUAAAUACCUCACGUUCCUGUGAUAUAAAACAUCCUGACAUUGAAAAGGUUACAACAGUCGCUGUGGGUUCAGUUGUUGGAAGCAUGCAGACCAAAGGUUUUUACUGUGUUUUAUUCCAGUUGUGGCUUCUCCAGAGCAGAGCAGUUGCCUCUUCUUUGGUAAAUGUGGCCCCCAGUGGAACAGCAACCCAGUCAUCCACAGCCAGUGGUGGUUAUCCUUAUAAGGCAAUCGAUGGGAAUAGAGACCCGGUGUAUUCCCACGGAUCCUGCAGCCAUACAAGCGGUGGGCUUAGCAGCUGGUGGAGUUUACUCCUGCCCGGGCUGUACAAGGUCGCACGUAUUUCCAUCACCAACAGAUAUGAAAUACCUGAAAGGAUCAAUAACGCCAAGAUCCUCAUUGGGAAUUCUCUAGAGAACAACGGCAACAACAACCCGAGCUGCGCUGUUAUUUCCUCCAUUCCUGGCGGAGCUACCAGCACCUUCCAGUGUGGAGGGAUGAUCGGUCGGUUGGUCAACGUGUACCUCUACCACACAAACCCUGAAGUUGUACUGACACUAUGUGAGCUGGAAGUGUAUGGAGAGCUGCUUCCUCCGGCGCCCACGUUCAGUGCAGUGGUGAUGGGUAGGAACGUAGCGGUGGUGGAGAGGAGGCUGUGUUGGUCGGAUGCUCUGCUGUACUGCAGAGACUUCCACUGGGACCUGCUCAGCAUUCGCAGUGCAGAGGAGCAGAUGGAGGUGGAAGCGGCGCUCACAACCGCCUCCUUCAACCUCACCAGACAUGUUUGGUUGGGACUGCGCAGGUAUCUGAUGGGGGACACGUGGUUUUGGAUGUCUGGAGCUCCCAUGAGCUACAACUACUUGGACAGAAAGCUCUGGCAAGAAAGCAGUCCCUGUGGCGGCAUCGACACCGGCGCUCCCUUCCACUGGAGGGAUAUUCCAUGUGGGGAUCAUCUUCACUUCAUCUGUUUGAAAGGUGAGAGAUCCAGUCCCAUCUGUUUACCUACUGGGCUGAAGUUCAUGCAUCAAACAAAGUGUCCUGAUAUUGUGAGGGGACAUUGUGUAAUAAGGAAAACUGGAAUAUGAAACCACACUCAUGUAUCCCCGAGCUGCUAGCCUGAAGCAGAUAUGAGGAGCGGGUUGCAGAGCUCUGGUAAUUCCUCCACAACCCCAGAUAUUUCCUUUCUCCCCAAAAUUCAGACUUCAGCCUCUCAGACUAGCAGUUGUUUUCUGCAGCCUGUGAAUCCACAAACAGCUGGCCUAAACUGAUAGAGACACAAUCUUUUACAUCUUCUUUUUAAACUUCUGUUAUUUAGAGACACAGAUCUUCUGUGUGUGCAUCUUGUGUGGAACAAGCAUGGUUUCUUUUUCAUCCAGCACAUAUCCAGUCACUACAGCUUGUGGUAGAUACAAAGUAUGAUCUUGUCUCUCUGUAUGGUUUUAUUCAAGUCAUCCAUGACUGGACGCAACCGUCACACACUCUCGUAUGUGGAAGUCUGAAAGAGCCGAGAUUGGAAGAAGCAGUAUGGUUUUCUCUCUGUUGGAGCGUCACUCUAACAGUUACACAGUAAACAGACAGAUAGUGUGGGAUGAUGAGUCCUCGGCUGUUUACUUGGACAUAGACUGUAGUUAGAAACAGGGUUAAAGGUUAUAUGCAUAUAAUAGCCUCUCUUACAGUUGUGUCUGCUUUUACAAUGACCAUCUUCAUUAGUCCUCUGCCUACUAUCUACCAUUAAAAUGCAGUUUUCCAGCUGGAGAAUGUAAGUGUUUCUAUCUUCCAAGCUAGCUCGCUGCUUGCUGAAUGCAUGAUUAAAAGUAAUAUUGUAACUGUAAUAUUAUUAAGAGUAAUGUGUUACUGCCAAAAAUUGAAUAUUAAUCUGCUUUACAAUGAAUAGUCUG